AAGAAAUCAGACUCUGCCACCGAAACGGUGAAAUUCCUCAGCUCCCAACGGAAAGGACAUCGACGAUCGACCAGCAGUGGAGUCCGAUCGGUUGGUUAAGUUUGUUUCAGAUAAAACGUUUAGGAAACGGAAACGUUUAGGCAAUCAGACGUCGUCAACACCGGAACUCAUCCGCUAAAAAAUCAGCAAUCCGUACCUGUUAAUUACGCAUAAUUCGCUGCAGGUGUUUGCCAAAACGUCAAGAACCUGGACGAAAGCAGCAACAGCACCAUUAUGCUGGAAUUCAGUGGAUUUUUCCACCAGGCGGUAAUGGAAUGCGUUCGUAAGUCACCAUGGCCGACAACUACCGAAAGGAUGCCGCGUUCGGGUCGAUAGAUUCCAGCAAGGUGCACUUGCGCUAUGCCCAGGUAGUGGUGAUCAACAUCGAGAAACAGAGCGAGACAUCGCGGAGUGUGAUCCAUCGUCUAAAAGUUCUGCUGGACAAAAGUCGAGAGUUGAAUUCGGCUGGUCUGCACGAUAGUCUGAUUUGUUUGCAAAACUUCCUUGAUUUCUACAUCCACAAGAAGGACGAACUUAUGGCCGCCAACAGCCAGCGGGCACACCCGAUCCAGACAGGAAUCGUCUCCCGUUUCUCGAAACAGAAGCAUGUUGCAGUCGGCCGUGGCGUGAAGAUCCGCUGGUGCACUGUUGCAACUACCGGUUCAACGGGGUUCACGCCAAGUGCUCAACCAAACGGCGCGAGCAACGGAAGUUGGCGGUACAGCAUCGAGCGGUAUCAGUAACAGCAGCAGUUCAGCUACGGCUCUGAGUAAACGGUUUCCAGUCUGGGUCGAACUGCUAUAGGGACGCAGUUGGGGAAUUUCGAUAUGUAUCGGAAUCCAACCGUCACGGCGUUCGGGGAGCAGUCCGGCGAGGAAGAAGACGUGUAUUUUAGUUGCAGUGAUUCCGAACUAGAGAGCGAUUCCAAUUUGGAUGACCCAAACGUGACUUAUUAGACACCUCCAUCGAGUCCUUUGUUUUUCUCGAACAAAUCAAACGAAUUCGAUUUAACCACUUUGUUACGUUCAGGUGAGGACAAAGCGAUGCUGAGUGCGGACGAAGACCAGUUCCUUGAUGUGGAAUAACGUGGGGAUGAUUUUAGAAGCAGUGGUAGUGGGAGCGGUAGCAGUGAUGGCACAAAGAAACGUUACAAAUUAUUUAUUGAGGGGCAGGAACCAAGCAAGCAGGACGUGGAUGUGUUGAAUGUGCUCGAAGAGUGUUCGAUAGACAGAGGCAAGUUUCCUCAUGUGCACGAAUGGCGCAAGGCAAUGCCUGAGUUGUCCGUGGGGAGGAGAGACACAGAUUAUCCUCAAACACGCAGGAGUGUCGAAGGCGAGCAACCUUCAACUGUGGCAUAUCGCUAGGAAAUAUCAACAACAGCAAUGGUAACGUAACCAAUACCUCCUUCGAAGGACGACUAAGCCUGAUGAAUGUUGCCGGUGGUAUGCUCAAUCAACGAGUGGAUCCUGCACCGUCUUCGUUGUUACAGCUUUACGUUCGUAUUGAGCAUUCGUUCUCGCUUUAAUUGAUUCAAUUCAGAGAAAAAGAUUUUUGUUUUCUUACUCCGGCAGGAUCGUGAAGGUGCUAUGUCUGUAUUAAUUCGUUGUUUUAUUCUGUUUAAUUGAGUUACAAACACUUCAAUCCACAAGUUAUUGUUUGUCUUGCAUUGCCCACCCGAAAACUUACAGUGGUGAAAAAAAAAUAAAAUUAGCAUGUAGAAAGAACCAGGAAAGAAUUAACCUGCCAAAAAACAAACGACGAAACGCUACGUUACGUAUACUGAAAAGUCACAAAGAAACUGUAAAUUCCUCAGUAUCGCCGCUCGACAUAAAACCAGCUAGUUUGAAGAAACAGUGUCUAUUAAGAAACGUGAUGAGUCUUAUGUACCCUUUUUUACAGUUAACAUAAUUAUUUAGAACUUUGUAAGCGAUAUAAACGAUUACCUAUUGAAUACAUCAUAUGGUGGGGGUUCUGCCA